AGCUGCAAGGACUAAGAUUAUGAUGUUCCACUCAAGCACGCAGGAAAGCAAAAGUCAGUGACUUUGCGGAAGUUGAACCAUUUCCCUUUUUCUUUUUUUUUUUAAACCUGAAGUAAAUUACAUAAUGCACAAGGUGUGCUGAAUGAUUACAUUUCUAAGCUGAUUUCUGAUUAAUGAUCUCUGCCCCAAAUUAUUGUUUCAUUUUGCACAAAAUUUUACAAAGGAUAAUUGGAAUAAAAUAUUCACUUUUUUGAUCAAUUUUUUCAGCAGUGCUGACCCAAUUUGUAUUACUGGCCAAAAUUGAAAGACUGUUCUCCUUAGAUUUUCAAUAUGUUGUGUUACUAAUUUUAAAUCUAAAUGGAAACAACAUAGGAAAUAAACAAAACAUGCUUUCAAUCGAUCUUGGACAGUGAAACAAAAGUGUAUGGAAAUAAUUGUAAACUUAGACUACUAAGAUCUAUUUAGAAACACCCUGAUGUAAUCAGGUGAAGUGACGUAGAGGAAAACCCAAAGAUGUCACGGAAGGCAUUUCCUUGCUUCAUAAAACUUCCCAAUCAAAGUGUAUAUAAACAGUUGACAGAAUCCCCAAAACACAUCAGAUCUCAGUUGCAACCUCAACAUUCUCUACGGCAAAGUUAUCUUAUAAACCAGUGAUCAGCAAUGAACACUCUCAAGAGACUUCUCCCAGCAGCUAUGCUCUCAUUGAUUGUACUGAACAUGUUUUGUAAUACACCAUCAGCAGCUGCAACAUACGGCGACUGCUGUCUCGCUUAUUCAAAGAAGCGACUGCCACAAAAAUUGAUCUCUGGUUAUGUGGAGCAAAAAUCCAAUGAAAUAUGUGAGAAAGAUGCAAUUAUAUUCUUCACCGUCAGAGGAAGAGCAGUGUGUGCAGAUCCUGAGCACCAUUGGGUGAAGAAAGCACUGAAUUUUUUGAGCAAAAAGCUGAGAAAAAUGUCACAGAAUUGAGCCGCGUCUCAAGCCGGGUCGAGGGAAGAAAUUGGCUGCAUUUAGCUGGAUUCAUUUAAAAAAAAACCUUCCUGCAUAGUAUCUAUGAUAAUAGAAGUUUAGUAAAAUUUCUGUAAUUUGUAUCACUCACAAUUGAGCCACUUUAUUGUUAGUAUGUUCUACUGAACAUGAAGAAGUAACUUAAAUGUAUAUUCUUAUUUAUAUUUUGCUACAUUGCUACAACAAACUGAUUGUGAAUUAAAUGAAGGUAAUUGUAAUAUAAUCACCUGUAUGUGUAUCAGUCAAUCUAAGCUUGAUUUAUUGGAAAGUGAAAGAUGACGAGGAAUAUCUCUGAGUUUAAGUAGCACCGUGUUAAUUGCCACCUUUGGUCAUUUUAAAUGGCUGCGAAUGAAAAAUAAAGAUAAUUACUUCAGUUUUCUUCUUCGGUGAUUUAUUUUAUGAGAUCUCGUUUGCCUCACUAACGGAAACCUAGUCAAUGAUAAACCACUUGCAGCAUUGCCAGCUCAUUACAUACACCAUUCCAACUUCAUCAGCCAUGAGGCGGAUUGUUCCCAUUGUUCAAAAUCCCAGGAAAGCCAACAAGGGAUUCCAGAGGUCCGACCUUUAACCGUUGCCCUCUGGUUAUGGACAUCUCAGGGGAAAUGUUGUCAACAUCUACCCGGUGUAGUUUCCUUUUUCACCUGUGUUUUUUCUUGGGCUUCAUACAGUUUUCAUUUCCUUUUUUCAACUCCCUUCCACUUUUAAUGCAUUCAAAAUCUAGGUUUAUGUCAAAUUUCAUUGGUGAGCUUAAAUGUGCAUGAAGUUUUUGGUUUGACAACAAUUUAUAUGGCAAUGCAGAGAUACUCUGUGGACUGCCAACAAAGUGUCACAAAUUGCUGGAUAAUUCAUUGAUUGUCCCUCCGGUGGCUGAUUAUCACACAGCAAAAGCCUUUCACUGUACGUCUGUACAUGUGACAAUAAACUCAAAGUCAAAGCUCUGCUGGUCUGCUCUGUGAAUGUGACUGCUUCCCUUCUGCCUUUGUAAUUUCCAAUGAAUUUCUGGAGUCCCUCACUAAGUCUUGUGGUUAGAGGGCAGCGCAGUGACAUAAUGGUAGCGUUUCUACCUUACAGCUCUCUGUACAGAGUUUGCACUGUGACCAUGGGAUAUUCUCCGGGUGCUCCAAUUUCCUCCUACACUCCAAAGACAUGCAGGUUUGUAGGUCAAUAGACUUUGGUAAAAUUGUGACUUGUCCCGAGUGUGUAGGAUAUUGCUAGUGUAUAGGAUGAUCACUGGUCAGUGCAGACUCGAUUGGCCGAAGGGCCUUAUUCUGGAUUAUAUGUCUAAAGUCUCUAAAGUGUAAAGUAUAAAGAACAUAGAACAUAGAAAAGUGCAGCACACGAACAGGCCCUUCAGCCCAUAGGGUCUGUGCAAACAUGAUGCCAGAAGGAACUAAUCUCCUCAGCCUUCUCUGAUCCAUAUCCAUCCAUUCCCCACAUAUCCAUGCGCUAUCUAUAUGCCUCUUAAACACAUUUCAUGCUCACAUAACCCAUCCAACCGCUCAGCACCGAUAAACAGUAAAUCGCAGAUUUUCAUUCAUGCAGCUAAGAAUUUUUAUUAGGACUUUCAUUGUAAAUUUAUUUUCUUCCUUUUUAUUUCCCAUCUCAACCCCCUCUCUCUCUCUCUCUCUCUCUCUCUUUUCUUAAAAAAAAAUUCUCAGUAUCUAUUUGACUUUUAUUUACCCAUUUCCAUUUGAGUCUAUGUUAACCCAUCACAAGGUCAUAAGGUCAUAAGUAAUAGGAGCAGAAUUAGACCAUUUGGCCCAUCAAGUCUACUCUGCCAUUCAAUCAUGGCUGAUCUACCUCUCCCUCCUAAUCCCAUUCUCCUGCCUUCUUCCCAUAACCCCUGACACACGUACCAAUCAAGAAUCUAUCUAUCCCUGCCUUAAAAAUAUCCAUUGAAGGCCUCCACGGCCUACUGUGGUAAAUAAUUCCACAGAUUCUGCCUAAAUAAUUUCCUCCUCAUCUCCUUCCUAAAGGAACGUCCUUAAUUCUGCGUAUAUGGCCUCUAGUGCUGGACUCUCCCAAAUUGAGACAUCCACAUCCAGUCUAUCCAAGCCUUUCACUAUUCGGUAGGUUUCAAUGAGGUGCCCCCUCAUCCUUCUAAACUCCAGCAAGUACAGGUCCAGUGCCGUCAAACGCUCAUCAAAUGUUAACCCACUCUUUCCUGGGAUCAUUCUUGUAAACCUUCUCUGGCCCUCUCGAGAGCCAGCACAUCCUUCCUCAGAUAUGGUGCACAUAAUUGCUCACAAUACUCCAAAUGCGGCCUGACCAGCGCCUUAUAAAGCCUCGGCAUUACAUCCCUGUUUUUGCAUUCUAGCCCUCUUGAAAUAAAUGGUAUGUCAUCCAGACAGUCCCAUUUGCCUGCUCAUUUUUCACAACUUCCUAUUUUUUUUAAUCCUCUUCCCUUUUGAAAAAUGCAAUUGAAUCUGUCUCAUCUACCCUUCGAGGUAGAUCAUUUCAGAUAACAAUGACUAACUGUUCCAACAAGUUUUAAUUUCUCUGCACCUUUGCUUGAACUUUUGACAGUCACUUUCAAUCUCUGUAUUCAAGGCAUUGAUAUCUUUUGUCUUUUGUUCUUAACUUCAAUUGAUUAUGACUGGCCCUGGAUUCACUAAUGUCCUACACCCUUUGGCGUUUUGUAACUUAAUCUUGUAAAAAAACUUUGAGCCAAGCUCAAAGACCCAACAGUAAAUUCCAGGACAUUGCUCCUUUGUAGCCUCCUUUCCCUAGAUCAACCAUAUCACGUACACUUUACUCAAAGAUAGGUACAAGCGUGGAAAUAAGACCUUCGGCCCACCGAGUCCACACAGACCAGCGAUCCCCGCACAUUAACAGUACCCUACACAUUAGCAACAAUUUACAUUUAUACCAAGCCAAUUAACCUACAAACCUGUAUAACUUGAUUGUGGGAGGAAACGAAGAUCUCGGAGAAAGCCCACGUGGUCACGGGAAGAUCGUAAAAACUCCGUACCGACAGCACCCGUAGUCGGGAUCAAACCCGCGUCUCUGGCGCUGAAAGCGCUGCAAGGCAGCAACUCAACCGCUGCACCAUCGUGCCGCCCUUGCUAUUUUGCUUUCUGUCAAAGCUGUCCUGGACAUAUUUACCAAAGACAAGAGCAUCGCGGGAUAGCACAGUGGCACAGCUGGUAGAGCUGCUGCCUCACAGCGCCAGAAAAUUAGGUUCAAUCCUGUCCUCGGGCGCUGUCUGUGUGGAGUUUGCACGUUCUCCUUGUGACCAUAUGGGUUUCCUCCUGGUGCUCUGAUUUCCUCCCACAUCCUAAAGAUGUGUGGGCUUUGUAGUUUAAUUGGCAUCUGUAAAUUGCCCCUAGUGUAUAGGGAGUGGAUACGAAAGUGGAAUGACAUAGAAUUAGUGUGAACAGGUAAUCAAUGGUCAGUGGGGUGAAGGCAUGUUUCCAUGCUGCAUCUUUCAAUCAAUAAAUCAAUCACGGAAACUACUCUGUAUCAGUCAGGUAGAAAAAAUAUCUAAAGCGUGUGAUGGAGUCAACUGUAAGAACUAGAUUGGUCACAUCAAUGGGAACCAAGCAGAUCACUAUUUCUCAACCCAACAUUCUAAUUUGAGCAACAUACGGGAGCUUUCAUCAGAAAACCCAAUAGUUGGGAUUUCCCCAGAAAAAGGCAUAUUAAUUUGCCCUUAUUCCCACGCAAAACCCACCUGAUUAAUAGGUUUGGUUCUCCGUCAGAAGUGGUCAAUAGAAAUGAAUGUGUGGUUCAUAUUCCAGAGGUCAUUUUGCUAUACCAAUCAAAUAAAAAUUCCUACCCCAAUAUUUUCCAUUGAGCUUUAUCCUUUCAACCAAGCGAUCGCAGCGUAUGUUACUAUAAAUGACCUUUCAAACGCAUAAUGGAAGCUAUGUUUUCACAACGGAACUAUCUGUUUGAGGGUGGAACCGAUGACAAGUGAAUAGAAUCUAGGUUAUUUGAUCGUUUACUCAUCACAGUUCUGACAAGGUAACUGCCAAAUCCAUUGCUACAAGUUACAAAUUAAUCCAUCCUUUAUUUGACCUACAUGUUCAAACAAAUUGCUAAAGAUGCCUCAUUAACUACCUUGGGUUUUCAUGUUCAGUGAACAACUACAGAUAUCAAACCACAAAAGUCAAUGAAAAGCUACACUAGCUGGUGGCUAAUCCAGGGCGUGUAAAGCUGUGCUAUAAUAUUCAUUGGUGAUAUGCCAAACAGCAAGGCUUUUUAGUUCCGAGACACAGCAUGAAAACAGGCCCUUUGUCCCACUGACUCCAUGCCAACCAU